AUGGCUUUUGACAAAUCUCAACUCAUCACUUUCGAGGAGUAUCAAGGCGUGCUUCGAGCUUAUUUCGAGUGGGCAGACAGCUAUGACAGCAAGGACUGGGAACGUCUCAGCAAAAUCAUAGCGCCAACGCUUAGAAUAGACUAUCGUUCCUUCCUCAACAAGCUAUGGGAAGCCAUGCCAGCCGACGAGUUCCUCGCCAUGAUCUCCUCCCCCCUCGUCCUCGGCGACAAAACCCUCAUGACCCAGCACUUCUGCGGCGCCUCCAAGUUCGAAAAGGUCUCUGACGACGAAAUCAUCGGCUGGCAUCAGUUGCGUGUGCCUCACCAGCGAUACAAGGACGAGACACGAUCGGAGGUUAUCCUCAAGGGCCACGCACAUAGCACAAACCAGCAUUGGUACAAGAAGGUCGAUGGAGAGUGGAAGUUUGCUGGGUUAAACCCGAAUAUUAGGUGGGGGGAGUAUGACUUUGAUAAGAUCUUUGAGGCUGGUCGUGAGACUAGUGAGAUUAGCAAGGAGGAAGAGCAGACUGCUAAGCAGGCUUCUGGUGUUCCAGCCAAAUGA